AAUCAUGUGAAGAGGGGCGUUUCUAACGCCUUAUUUCCGGAUGUGGAUAUUCAAAGCUGUAUUUCUAGUUUUUCCCGUAGAUAAAAAUAAUUUACCUACCAGCCUGAUAGUAAUCUGCUUGUUGUUAUAACAUCUCUUAAAGUAGGCUUGUAAUGUUUUAUUGGGCAAUCGUUGUGCUCCGGAUGUUCUGAGGCCAUGAACAGCUAUUCCCUCGGUCUUGCUAACUGAUGUUUUGGUUAGUCAACUUUGGCGCCUUCGUUUCGUACUAGCUCGCCUUGUGGAUGUAACGCUUUCAUUUUCUGCUUAGGUAACUUUACGCAACACUUACUUGAACAUGCAUACUUUUCUUAAUCACGGUAUAUAAUUGCUCUUGUUUUUGAUGCCUCUUCUUUUUUCUUCUUCUUCAGUUUACAUCCACGCUACACGUUCGUAUUAGGCAUACAUAUUAUGAUGGGGACUAAUGGCCCCUUACCACUCAGACUCCUAUGACAAUGGAUUUGUAUCCGUUGUAUAAUUACAUCCUGAAGUUAAGAAAAUAGUGAUAAUUCUAAAUUAAAGACGGCUCACAUAGCAAAGUUUAAAAGUUCUCUGUAUGUAAUUCCAGAUAAUAGAAUACUUGCAGAAAAUAGCUGCAAUAUAAACUGCAGAGAAAGUAGAGGAGGAUGGCCCCGGAGACACCGUCAGUAGUACGGGCUACUCAGGCCUGGCUGCAGUCCUCUCGCCAUGUCCAGGUUCCCUUUGCCUGGCUUGAAGCCUGCGUUGAGUGGAUUCAAGGAGACACUGGAGGAGCAAAUCAUCUGUCUCAGCAGCAAAUCAAUCAGCAGGUCUUGGAUCAGUGGCUCCUGACAGAUCUGAGAGACCUGGGUCACCCGGUUCUCCCUGAAGGGCUCGCUCAGGCCCAGAAGACGGAACUCAAUGGCACGUUUUGUGUCCAGGUUGACUCAUUGCUGGAUGUCAGUCAGCCUGCAUAUGGUCAGCUGCAGAAGUGGAGGGGUACAGACUGCACCAAUGAUGAGGUCUCCGCUGUCACACAGACCACUCAGAGGCCCUGGGAGGCCAAAGCGACCCGCAUGCUGCUGCUCCAGAUUACAGACGGAGUUCAGAGCUUGGAGGCCAUGGAGUAUCAAUCCAUCCCUGCGCUCAGUUCAACACUCAGGCCUGGAGCAAAGCUGCAGUUGCAAGGCAAGAUGGUUUGCAGACUUGGUGUUGUGCUUUUGGGGCCGUCCAAUGUAAAGAUGCUGGGUGGUGAGGUAGAGGACUUGGUGGAGAGGAAUACUCAGGGCCGGGUGUUGUGCCGGACGCUGGGCCUCCCAGAGCCAGAGCAGCAGCAAGACGAAGAGGCUUCGAUGCAACCACGACAAGACAACCAGGCAGUGGAGGACCUGGAGGUGGACGAUGCAGAGCUGCUGGCCAGUCUGGAGGAACACAGUGAGGCUGAAGUCGUUCAGGUUCAGCCAUCUACAGAUAGUGGUUAUGGGACCUUGCAGGAGACCUCGACUCUGUCUUCUGUCCUUGGGGACAUUGUCUCAUUCAGAUCUGAUUCAACACAACCUAACAGGAGUGGGUCAGUUCGAAGAAACGAGGAUGACGAGGACCUCGUUGAGUUGUUCCACUCUGUCGUGACGGAUCAAAAUAGCCAAGAAGACAACAUGGCAGAUGACGAAUUUCCUGAUGAAGACUUUCCCCUGGACGAGUUAGACAGCGUUAUAUUACAGGAAGGUGGAAACGUUGACAACGAUCAUAGAAGCACACAUCAGAAUAACAGAAUAUUAGUAAAUCAAAGCGGUGUGGAAAGAGCAACAAAAGCCCAACCUGUUCGAUUUGAGGCGCAAACUUCACAUGGAUCUGGGACAUUUGAGGGGUCUGUUCCCUCCAGAUCCCUGAAAAGAGAUCAUCAAGGAUUCAGCAGGGAGGCUUCAACGACAUCCAAAGCCUUCUUUUCUCCGUCAGCCUUAGAGACAUCCGAAGAGUUGGGGUUGGGUGUUAAUGAUGAUGAUUUUAUGGAUGAAGACACGGACUGUCUUUUUCAAGAGGUUGAGCCCAAUCCAGUGCAAAGGGAGCAACCGAGGGGACUGGCUCAAAUCUCUGCUAAAGAACAAUUUGGAAGAGCUAGAGAAAGCAACACCAGCUCUAGCCUUUCCUCGAUGUCCCCAAAAACUGUGACUGGAACACCUCAAGAGAAAACUCACAGUUUAAACGCUGCAGAAGAUGACCCCAGCGUCCCUGCACUCACUCUGACCUCUGCACCUUUUACCUAUUUAUGCUUACUUGACAAGCUUCUGUCUAAACCCCGUUCACAACCCACUGAGGUCUGCGUCAAAGCCUUCAUUGUGACUUUGCUGGGAAAGCUGACCAGCAGUAAUGGAGUCUGGAGUGUUUCUGCUUCUAUAUCUGAUGGGACUGGCUACCUGGAUGUGGAGUUAUCCAAUGAGGUUUUGACAGGAUUACUGGGGUUCUCUGUAGCAGAGAAGACGGCUCUGAAGCGUGACCCGUCGCGCAGGGGGGAGCUAGACUCCGGCAUGCGGAGAUGCCAGGAAGAGCUGGUGGACAUGUGCUGCAUCAUGACGAUCGUCGCGAAGCCAGGCGACGGGAGAGCCGUGGUGGCCAAGGCUCAACCAGUCAGCGAGAGAGUGCUGCGGGAGCUGGAGCAGAGGGUGAGGGAAAGUAAACGCAGCUGAGUGGAAGUGGGUGAAAAUGAGAAAAUUACCUCCAAUGGAAACGUUAAAUUGCCCUUCGGCAGAGAUGAAAAAUUGCCAAUAAAGCUAUGAUCAAAAUUGAUGAUCAACUUGGCCCUCUGCUACAUUUUUGACAGCAGAAGGUGUGAACUGGGAGUCUGAUGAUCUGAUGAUCUUGUGUUGCAAUGCAUCCCAUCUGCUAUACGCGAACGCAGCAUUCUGCUGUUUGGCAUUAGUGGGUUUAAUUCUUCUGUUUAUUGUGCUACUACAGGCUGUAGAUCCACUGUGUUGCGUUUAGUUUACAGAAGAAAGAGGGUAUCUAAAUACUCACAUGCAGCCAUUAGCUGAAUGUUGGUUUAAACAACCCAGUUUUAAGCAUGACACAUCCUGUGUAGCAUUGAAAACUACACGGAGAGAAGAGCGGAGACGAGAGUAGGGAUACGGGGGUAUUCAUGUUCUGAUUACAGUAAUGAAUUGCCAGUCUAUGCAUUCAUGCAGCACGACCAUUACUUUUCACUGAAAAGUGAUUGAAUAGGCAAGGGCAGCAUGGGUCUUUAAUAAACUUCCUCAGAGGAGAAUGAAAGGAAAGCGGGGGAUAAAGGAGAGGCGAUGAGCUUUGAUUAUUUCUCUCCUCUCCAGAGCCACGUCCAUGGUUUUGGUUUUAAAUGUAAUGAUUUGUUUGUUUGUUUUUUUUGCUCCAAGUACUGGAAAUAAAAAGAUAUCAAAAGGUUUAUCAUAUCAGA